AUGGCAUCUUCAAGCCAAUCCACACAUCCCACAUUUCCUCCUUCUGCCUAUUAUAAUCGCCGACAACAUCCACAGAGGCCAGGCAGUUCACGCAGGACAAAUUCGAGCUCCUAUGAUGCACCUAGUCGCACUAUCGAAGGCCUCCUCCAACGCCACAAUCGUGCGGCGUCUUCGUCGUCGUUUACCUUGGCACUGGAUGGACAUCGCAUAAACUUUCAACCUGCCUCUAGAACGACAUCUCCGGAUUUCCUCCCGACAGCCGACUCUCGCAUGCUUUCCAUCUUGCCUAGCGGUACCGUUGAUACCUCGUUUCACCAGGCCACGGAGUCACUGUUACCUGCUUUUGAGCUGGGGAGUGCCUCAGUGAAUAUGGUCAACCACAGUGAACGGCCUCCGUCCCCUGUACCUACUGUCGAUUUUUCAAUAAUCGAUGUAGACAUUGAUGAGGCGGACUUAAACCCAUCGCUUCCUGGAAGUUAUCCCUCAAGAUUUCUUUCCUCCUCCAUGUCUUUCUCGAGAGGCAGACCUGCAUACGUUGGCUAUAACCAUUCAAAUACUAGUACCAGUGAUUCUCCUCAAUCACCAUCACAGGGUAUCAUGUCGCUGAAAUCCUUUCUUCCACGCAUAUGGGACGCAUUAUCGACUCCUGGGAGGACGAUGUUUGGUUUGUCCUCUGCAAACGCCACGUCACCCUCUGUAUCACCUCCUUCUUCUAGGGCGCCAUCGCCGUCUGCUAUGCCUCGCCGCCAUGUAAAUCAAUCGUGGUACACCCCCAACGCGGCAACGAGCGGGAGAAACUCGCCUGUGUAUUGGACGCCAGGUUCUGCCAACAAAGGUAAAGGUAAAUCCCGGACACCCAACUUCUUUUCCAGCCGGAAUGGGAGCAGAAACGAUCUUUCUGAAUACAUCGACUAUUCGGAAUUACCUCCCUUAGAUGGAGAGGAAGGAGAACUAAUCGAUGAUGAAGCGUGCUUUAUUGAUGUUAGAGCAGUUCAUGGGAUCGAUAUAAUAUCUCUCCUUCCUCCCGAGCUUGCGUUGCAUAUCUUUACUUUAAUUUGCCCACCUCCCCUUCCAUCCCCAAGCAACACCAAAAGUUCCCUGAAAAACCAAUUGUCGCCCGGUAGAAACAGUAUUAACGGCAACGAGUUUGACGCCGUUCCAGAUGAUGCGUUACGUGCCUUGUUAUCCUGCCGUCUAGUAUCUCGGACUUGGUGCCGUCUUGCAAGCGACAAUCAUAUAUGGCGUUCUCUAUUUCUUAGUAGAUGGAACAUAGACUUAAGGCGAGCGACGAAUGCGACUGUACUACCCCAGGGGCUGGCGCGCAAUGCAAGUGCUACUCUGGGCAAGACGUGGGACGUUGACUUAACCGACAUUGAACCCAAAGCCAAGCGUGUUCUUGGACUUUCUUCUCCUGUUGUCGAUGCUCCGGUAACUUGCGCGCCUCUUAGGUUAGACUGGCGAAUACUGUAUCGUGAGAGGCUAGAAUUGGAUCGUCGAUGGUCAGGUGCAUCUCGCAUUCCCAUCAAGAAAGAAUCAAACUCGUUUGGCGACUUCAUGCGACGGAGAGGUGCUAUCUAUGACAGUAUCAAUCUCUCGAGCCCAUUUGGCUGUAGGUAUGACGCCGACAGGGGGGAUUUGCAAGUAGAAGCGAAUUAUGAACCGACACCAAUGAAGAUAUCCGGCCAUACCGAUAGCGUCUAUUGCCUGGAGUUCGAUUCGCGUCGCAUAAUUACUGGCUCCCGGGAUCGCACCAUUAAAGUAUGGAGUUUGCGGACAGGUGCUCUCCUCGGAAGCUUCUCAGGUGUGCAUCGGGGUAGCGUUUUAUGCUUAAAAUUUGAAAAGGAUUGGGACCGUGAUUGGUGCGAUUCUUAUGAAUCAGAAGAAGAGGGUAACGGGGAUUUCACUGGAUCCCAGCGAAAUCCGAUUCACCGUGAGGGCGUCUAUGUAAAAGAGUCCAAACGACAGAGGACGGGGUUCAUGGUCAGUGGUAGCAGCGAUUGUUCUGUUUGCGUGUGGGACCUUCAUCUUGGGGCCAUCAUGGAAUCUAAUGAUGAUGAUACAAGCCUCCGCAAUGGGAAUUCACAUUUCAAGGAUGAGAGCGAAAGGGAGGUAAUAGCAACUGUCAGGGACGUGCUAACCGGCCACCUCGGAGGAGUUUUGGAUCUCCGCAUCGAUAAGCAGUGGAUAGUCAGCUGCUCCAAGGAUGCAGUAAUCCGCGUUUGGAACCGUAAAACUCUGAAGCUUCAUCGCGCCUUGCGAGGCCAUGAAGGUCCUGUUAAUGCUGUCGGUCUUCAGAGUGGCAGAGUUGUCAGUGCUAGCGGAGACGGGAAGAUGAUAUUAUGGGACAUACAGAGCGGCGAGCGACUACGAACUUUUGAAGGCCAUGAUCGUGGACUGGCUUGCAUUGAAUUCAAGGAUGACUUAAUUGUGUCCGGGUCCAAUGACCGUAAAAUCAAAAUUUGGAGUGCUUCCACUGGCGAUUGCCUGCGAACAUUGGUUGGCCACGACGCCCUUGUUCGCGCGUUAUCUUUCAACCCUCGUACCGGACGCCUUGUCAGCGCCAGCUACGAUAAAACUGUCAAGCUCUGGGAUUUAGGAAGUGGGAAAUUGAUUCGAGAGUUCAAGGGAAACCACACCAGCCAUAUAUUCGACGUCAAAUUCGAUGUCUCACGCAUAGUUAGCACAUCUCAUGACCGCAAAAUUGUCGUCUUGGACUUUUCUGAGCAAUUGAACACUGCGUUGUUCACCUAA